AAUUGACAGAAAGAAAAUAAAUUAGUCCAAAGAAAGAGAUAUGGCAAGUGAGGAGAAGGAAGAAAAUCCUGCAGACAGUUCAGAUGUAGAAGAACAAGAAGAUUGGGAAUAUGCAGGACUUGAGGCAAUAGAUAAGGCAUGUUUGGAUAUCUAUCCAGACCAACCAAAUCCAUUGCAGGCCACAGCUGUUGUUAAAUUUUGGUUGGGAGGACCAGACCCUCUAGAUUAUAUCAGUAUAUACUCUAACAAUGGUGAUGUAGACAGAGGAGUUCCUGCACACUGGCAUUAUGUGAGCUAUGGGUUCUCCGAUCUCUAUGGGGAUAACAGAGUACACCAAUACAGAGGGUCAGGUCAGCCCAGUGGCUAUGGGUUUGAGAUGACAAUGCGGCUAAAGAAAUGUGGAAAUGAGUCAGCACCCCCUAUGUGGCCAUCAGGUCUUAUGAAUAGACUUGCUAGUUAUGUCUUCCAGACUGGAAAUACCCUACAUGUAGGAGAUCACAUACCCUGGCACAAACCUCUAGAUGGUAGUGAGGAGUCCCUUGUUCAACACAUGCUGGUAGCCAAGGAUCCGGAGUUGCCUGACCUUCACUCUCCAUAUGGAAAUCUUGAUUUCAGACAGGUGGUUGGGGUGACUGAUGAUGAAAUGAAAGCUGCACAGAGAUGGAAAGGAGCCGGAGUGCUGGAUCUUAUGUCAACCAGUAAAGGAGUUGGACCAUAUUUCAUCACAGAUAUAGGACGUAAACAGUCAAUAUUUGAAGCCGAUGCUAGUCAGAUAGAAAAGGUGAAUGAAGGUAUUAAUGUUGAUGGUUCAAACCUGGGUCAUGUUACAGCUGUGUGCAAGUGGGUGGAUGUUAAUUCCAGGAUGUUUGAUGUGAAGAAUGAUGAGGACAUGGAACCCGAGUGUCUUGAAGGUGUUCAUCUAAUGUUUGAUUCUGAGGCUGCCGACCUUCUUCCUACAGUUAUUAGGGGUCGGUUGCAAAAGGGUCGUUUUUUUGUGUUCCACAAUGCUGAGAACCAUACUGUACAUCUGAUACCACCAGAUUUUCAUGAGGAAGGGAUCUACGUUAACAGGACAGAGCCACUUAAAGCACAGGGUACCUACCUACAGAUAUUUUGUUCAAGCAGUCUAUUAGAAAAGAUGUCUGAAGAGUUAGAGAGUUUACAUGACAGAAGUCUGGAUUCUCACAGCUACCCACGGGAGUUUCGGUUCACAGAUCCAACGUUGAUUAUCACAGUGUCCCCGAGGGGCACCCUGAUAGGGGAAGAACCAUUGGGGACCAUUUAGAUCUGAUCUAGUCACUACAAUUAUUGGUUGUGCUCUUAAGCAUUCCUAAGUCAACUCUUUUUUUUUUUUUGCUCUUCUCUGCAGAACUAUAUACAUGUAUGUCAGCUGAACCUCCCUUAGCGGCCACCUGUAUUAAACAACCACUUACCUAAAGCAGCUAGUCAGUUAACUUCCCAAAUUGAAUUUCUAUUCUAAUAUCAACUUGUUUUAAGCUGUCAUUUGCUUUGAGCAACCAGAUUGUGUCACUUUUUUGGCUUGCUGCUAAAUUCAGGUUAGUUUAAACAUAUUUCAUUUCAGAAAGUCAUGAAACAUUUACAAAACUUAGUUAAGGAAUUGGACAGAAAGUUAUAACAGCUUAUGGUUGUCCUCUCCUUAAAUACAGGUUGUUAGAGCCGCAUGUUAAUUCAGUUUGUAGUUUACUUAUUUCAAAUAGUCAGCCAUAAAUAUGUUGUAUUGAGCUUUAGUAUAUCAAAAUAUAUUUGUGUAUGUGAUACCAAAAAACUGCCAAAACUAGCACCGAUAAGUCAGUUAAUCAGUUAAACUACCUCGAAUUUGUGUCAUAUAAUAAUGGAAGAAAUGAACAAAAGCAUUUUACUGAUCAAAUGCAUUUACUGAACAAAAGAGUAUUUCUGAAUAGGUUGUUAAGUGUUUGUAAUUAACAGCCUAGCUAGUCAAGUUAUAAAUAAUCAGUGUGACCUUCACUUCAAGUGUUUUUGAAGAAGUGAUUGUUAAGUUUGUUAACAAUGUUGGUUUUUUUUUCAUUGUUAUUGUUAUAUGAUAAGGACCAGUGCAUCUUUGCAUAGUAUUUUGUAUAAUGUGUUUAAGUCAAAUAUGCUAGGACUCAAAAAUAGUAGCGAUCCAUGAUAUGUGGAUUGAAUAUCCUUAAAAAAUUGCAUGUGGUGGUAUAUUUUUAGUCCCCUACCAGAGACUCACCAUAGGAUACUUACAGUUUGCACCCCAUCUGUGUGUCAGUAUGUUUGACUGUAUACCAGUUAAUUUUUUCAGGACUCUUGGUGUGCACACUUUUAUUUUAUUGCUAUGGCAACAGGUAGUCCAAAUAACUGCCAAAAAUGGAUCCUGUGAUAACUUUAAAAGUACAAGAGAUUUUUUCAUGUUGCAUAGUACAUUGAUAGAAGGCUAUGUGGAAAACUUCAUUUUAUUUUCUCCAUCAGUCUGUCAGUCACAAAUUGUGGAUUGUGCCAUAACUUCAAAGAACAAAAGAUUUUUUCAUGAAGCCUUGAACAUAGAAAGAAGACAGUAUUUAGAACAUAUCACUUAGUUUUGUCUGUUUAUCCAUCCAUUCAUCCAUCUGUCUGUCCAUCCUUCAGUCAUGAAAAAUAGAUCCUGUGUUAACUUCAAAAGUUCAAGGAUUUUUUCAUGAAACCCGUUUUACAUGUGAUUGGUUAUUUGGAGAAUAUGCAGAUCCUUUAAGUUGGUUUCAGUAUAAAAGUUGUGGUUUCUGUAUCAGUCGGUAUAACAAAUGCCCUCUCUAGAUAGUUCUGUUAGGGGACUUUUACUGCUUGGCAGUAGUCUUGUUCAAUAUUUUCCACAUUUUGUGAAACUGCCUAGCUGUGUUAUAGUGUUUGAGAUCAUGGAUGUACAUAUUAUUCUGAUUUUUCGUUAAUUUGUUGAGUAUUGCCUGAUAUAGUCUGGCCUAGUCCAGUUGAAAACUGUUGACAUAGAAUUGACAGUUAUACCAGAUUCAUACAGCACCCUUUUCAUGUCAAACAUGUUCAAAGGUGCUUGCAGAUAAGUUGUUUUAGCUGAAUGUCGGACAAACUGCUAAUGCGCAAGAUUGUUCCAGCUAAACACCAGAGUUAUGGUCCUUGAAUCAUUCAAAAUUGCCAUAUGAUACAGUGUGUGCACUAGAUGCUGCACUUAUUGAACAAAUGUGAAGAAACAUGCACAGACUGUAUCUGGCUUAAAUUGAAUAUGAACAAAUCCUUCCCUCAGAAUGACCAAGAUGGACAAAAUGUGCCCCCUCCCCCACCAACCCUAUCUGAUUAAUUAUAUUGUAAUUAUAAAUUCAUUAUUUAACAAAAUGAAAAGUGAGGGUGUCUGGUUUUAGGAGGGAUUUGUCCUACAUUUGGCUAUAAGUUCUAAGAAAUGUUUUGAUAAAUUGCCAGAUUUGAUUAUUAGAUUUACUUCUGCGUAGUCUUUUGAACAAGAUUGUUUUUUAAGGACAUUUAUUAAUGACAUUGAAUGUAGAACAUUUAUCUACUGUUCUGUUUUUAAGGUACUAUAAUUAAGAAAUGAUAAGUUCCCAAACCUGGUUUAUCGUAGAAUAACCCGAGUUUUGAGUUCUUAUGCGUAAGAAUAUAUCAUGAAGGCUGUAGGCCUUCAUGAUAUAUAUUGUUUUGCAUAAGAACGAAAAAUCUCACUUGGGAAGUUAUUAUUUCGAUUCUAACACGACAUACUAGUAUCAAAUGUGUUAGAAAAAAUGGUAACUACUUUUUACAACCGUGCCAUGCACCUGGAUCGGAUGACGUCAUUGUACGCGAAUGGUUUAUUGCAGAAUAACCCGAGAUAGAUUUUGCUCUACAUGUAUAUAGGUUAUUUGCGUGUUAGAAUGAAACUUAUACCAUUAACAAAGUUUUGUGUGGUAUUUUAAUGUACUUUGUUGAGAGUUGUUUCCCUUGUCUUUAUCAAAUUAUAGUUACUAAAUU